AGAAUCAGUUGGCUAGUUUCCGAGAAUUAAGGGGGUUUGACCCAAAUUAUGGACAAAGCUAUGGUGGUCGUUUCUUGUUUAUGUUUUCCCUGUUUUUGUGGCUUAUGAUUUCCCUGUUUUUAGAUGUUAAUCGUUUAGAUGGCAUUCCUCGGAUCCCCCUUGCUAGUAAUGAAGAACGAAUAGGCAGAUAUAGAAGGGUCAUCGUCGAAAUUAACUCUCCUCCUUCUCCCGCCUCUAACCCUAACCAGCUAACGGUAGAUUCCUUCUUCUAUUUUGUUUUUAAUCGGAAGUUUCAGACAAACGGAAAUGGGCAAGAAGGAAAGAGCUAAGGAACGAAGGGAAAAGAGAAUGCAAGAAAUAUCCCUUCUCAGGACCAUUCCUUACUCCGAUCACCAGAGGUGGUGGUCUACAGAAACCAUUGCAGUGGUUACUGGUGGUAACAGAGGAAUUGGAUUUGAGAUUUCAAGGCAAUUUGCAAUGCAUGGAAUGACCGUGAUCUUGACUUCAAGAGAUGUUUGUGUUGGCCUUGAAGCAGCUAAAGUUUUACAGGAAGGUGGCCUGAAUGUUGCCUUUCAUCAAUUGGAUGUCUUGGAUGCUUUAUCCAUCAAACAAUUUGCUGAUUGGCUGCUACAAAACUAUGGUGGUUUGGAUAUUCUGAUAAAUAAUGCUGGAGUCAAUUUCAAUCUUGGGUCUAGUAAUUCUGUAGAGUUUGCUCAGAUGGUUAUUGCAACUAACUAUUAUGGCACCAAAAAUAUGAUACAAGCUAUGAUCCCCUUGAUGAAACCUUCGUCUGCUGGUGCUCGCAUUGUUAAUGUCAGCUCAAGGUUGGGCAAGCUGAACGGCAGACGGAAUAGAGUGGAAAAUGUAGAGUUUAGAGAACUACUAAGCAAUUUGGAUACACUCACAGAAGAAGUAAUUGAUAGGAUUGUGUCUACUUUUUUGCAACAAGUAGAAGAUGGAAGUUGGGAAACUGGCGGGUGGCCUCAGUUGUCAACUGACUACUCUGUAUCAAAACUUGCAGUGAAUGCAUACACCAGGUUAAUGGCCAAAAAAUUCACCGAACGACCCGAGGGUCAUAAGAUUUAUGUGAACUGCUAUUGCCCUGGUUGGGUGAAAACUGCUAUGACAGGAUUCGCUGGGAAUAUUUCAGCAGAGGAAGGGGCUGACACUGGCGUCUGGCUUGCCUUACUUCCAGAUCAGGCAGUGACAGGUAAAUUUUUUGCAGAGCGACGGGAGAUAAGCUUCUGAGAGCAGGAUGAAGAUCAAUAAUCCAGGAAUUUUGGAGUUUGUGUAAUUGUUUUGUGCUUUGAGAGCUAGAAACUGUGUCGCGGAAGUGGGGACUGAAAAGUUAAACAGCCAUAGAUUUUAUUUAAAUGAAAUCUUGUCAAGCACUUCCAUUCUCGAAUCUCAUCCCUCAAUUGGUAUUUAGUUUUAGCUUUCAAGCAAUAGUUCUAUCAAAAGUGGGGUUAGAGCAGAUAUAUGUAUGGAUGGCUAGGAAACUUCAAAUCAUGUGGAAUGAGCUACUUAAUUUCAUAGAA